CGUCAACGAAAGGGGCAUGUCCGAACGUCUUGACUGACAUAUAGAGCACUAGAGAGGAUAAGUGUCUUGUUCUGUCUGCUUGGGACAUUCAUGGGGCUUUAAAUUUCUCACCGGGACAGAGCCACCCAGGGAGGUUAGUGAGGUUUUGUUGUCUCCAUGAGCUCCAGGUGAGGAGAGAGUGAGCGGAGCUUCUGUGAACUGCACUGAAAUUCAAUUUGCAGGUGCAUGGUUCUCAUUGCUAUUGAAGACAAAUUUUGUCUUAGUCGUGAGCUUGCCCUGCCAUAUAGGAAUAAUGACCGUUGCCAAUGCCAAGUCUGGCACAGCCAUGCAGCAGGUGCUGGAUAACCUCAAGGAGCUGCCGCCGUCAACAGGAGCCAAAGACAUCGACCUCAUCUUCCUCCGUGGCAUUAUGGAGAGUCCCAUAGUUCGUUCCCUCGCUAAGGCACACGAGCGAUUGGAGGACGUUAAGCUGGAGGCGGUGCAAAGUAAUAACGUGGAGCUAGUGAGCGAGAUCCUGUCGGAUAUGAGCACACUGAUCAGUCAUGAUGAAAGUGCAGCAGAACUCUGUAAGAUCCUGAAGGAACCGCACUUCCAGUCCCUGUUAGAAGCUCACGACAAGGUGGCCUCUAAGUCAUAUGAAGCUCCUCCCACCAGCACCAAUUCCACAAGCAUGACCAGCUCAUCCCUCAUGCCGGCUGACACGGUUCGCAUGAUCAGCAUCCAGAAGAAGGCCGGAGAGCCUCUGGGUGUAACAUUCCGGGUGGAGGAGGGCGACCUUGUCAUCGCGCGUGUUAUGCAUGGCAGCAUGAUUGACAGGCAGGGGAUGCUGCACACAGGUGAUGUCAUCCGAGAGGUGAACGGCCGAGAGGUGGGCAAAGACCCCAUGGCGUUACAGCACAUGCUGAGGGACUGCAAUGGAACCAUUACACUCAAAAUCCUGCCCAGCUACAGGGACACACCUCCACCCGCACAGGUGUAUCUGAAGCCACAUUUCAACUACAAUCCUGACACUGAUAACCUGAUCCCUUGUAAAGAGGCGGGUUUGGCUUUCUCUAAAGGAGACAUUCUGCAUAUAGUGAACAAGGAGGACACCAACUGGUGGCAAGCAUGUAACAUAAAUGGAGGCCGUACUGGCCUGAUCCCCAGUCAGUUUCUUGAGGAAAAGAGGAAGGCGUUUGUUAGGAGAGACCUGGAUGGUUCAGGAAUCCUCUGUGGGACAUUAACUGGAAAAAAGAAGAAAAAGAAAAUGAUGUACUUAACAGCAAAAAAUGCAGAAUUUGAUCGGCAUGAAUUACAGAUCUAUGAGGAAGUAGCAAAGAUGCCUCCAUUCCAGAGAAAAACUCUUGUGUUGAUUGGUGCACAAGGUGUAGGCCGCCGAAGCCUCAAGAACCGUCUGAUUGUGUUAAACCCACUGCGAUAUGGAACUACUGUACCUUUCACUUCCCGGCGUCCUCGGGAUGAUGAAAAAGACGUCCAGUCGUACUGCUUUGUUUCCCGAGAGGAAAUGGAGAUGGACAUCAAGGCAAGUCGAUACCUUGAGCACGGAGAAUAUGACGGAAAUCUGUAUGGAACCAAAAUUGACUCUAUCCAUGAAGUCGUUCGCACAGGACGUACUUGCAUACUGGACGUCAACCCACAGGCGCUAAAGGUACUGAAGACAUCAGAGUUUAUGCCAUUUGUGGUUUUCAUCGCCGCCCCAGAGCUCGAUACACUACGGGCCAUGCACAAAGCUGUGGUGGAUGCUGGGAUCACAACCAAGCUACUGACGGAAACGGACCUAAAGAAAACAGUGGACGAAAGCGCCAGGAUCAAGCGGGCGUACAAUCACUACUUUGAUCUGACUAUUGUUAAUGACAAUCUGGACAAGGCCUUUGAGAAACUGCAGGAAGCUGUGGAGCAGCUGGCUACACAACCGCAAUGGGUCCCUUUGAACUGGGUUUACUGAGACAUACAGCCCAUCAUCAUCAUCACCAUCAUCAUCACCAUCACCACCAUCACCAUCAUCAGCGGCGGCGGCAAAGAACACAAGUUCACAUUGAACGGACCCACCAGUCACUAUGCAAAUGUACACUAGCUAUCCAGUCAGGACAGACAUAAGGGAAGUGUACUUAUUUAUUAACAUUUUUUAUGUUCUACUGACUAAACGUACUUUAAAGAAUGUAACUUGGAGGGACAGAAACAAAUAGGAAUUUUUGAAUGACUUGUAUGGAAAAUUAUCAUUUUAAUGACAGGUAUAAGCUGUAUUACAGUAUUGAAAGCAGGAGUCUGUUUUCUUGCUGUAAUUUUAGUGUUACUAACAUUGGUUUACAGUGCAGGAUUCAUCUCGCAUCUCUUCAUCUUUCUGAACUGUGAUGUCAUAUAGUUCAGUCACUACAGUAUGUCAAAUAAUAGUUUAUCCAGCUUCUGACUUGUUAAGACCUUCAUUAGGGUCAUCCUGUUAGGCUUGAUUUUUAGUUAAAUUCAAGGAACGAAAGGAGUAAGCCAAUUUUAACUUUUUAUAAAUAUGGGUGCACUUUAUUUUACAGUCCUGUUCUACAUAUAUGCGCUAUUUACUUACUAUAAUUACUAGGUACUCACCCUGAACCUACUGCUAAAGCGCAAUGUACCUUAAAGGAUUAGUUCACUUCAGAAUUGAAAUUUCCUGAUAAUGUACUCACCCCCGUGUCAUCUAAGAUGUUUAUGUAUUUCUUUCUUCAUUCGUAAAGAGAUUUAAAUUUAGGAUUUUUCUCCAUAUAGUGGACAUCAGUGGGGUUCAACGAGGUUGAAGGUCCAAAUUGCAGUUUCAGUGCAGCUUCUAAGGGCUCUACACGAUCCCAGCCGAGGAAUAAGGGUCUUGUCUAGCGAAACGAUCAAAAAAAAUAAAAUAAAACUUGACAUACUUUUUAACCACAAAUGCUCAUCUUGCACUAGCUCUGCGAUCCGACACACAUUACGUAAUCAUGUUGGAAAGGUCACGCAUGACGUAGAUCGUGUAGAGCCCUUUAAAGCUGCAUUGAAACUGCAAUUUGGACCUUCAAAAGGUUGGUAUCCGCUAAAUUCCACUAUAUGGAGAAAAAUCCUGGAAUGUUUUCCUCAAAAACCUUAAUUUUUUUUUUCGACUAAAGAAAGAAAGAACAUCUUGGAUGACAUGGGGGUGAGUACAUUUUAAUUCUGAACUGAACUAAUCCCGUUUUGACGCGAAAGCUUGGUCUAUGUGUACAGCCGAACACAUCUAGUGUCUGCGCUAUUUCUCUUCAAAAGUUAUGACCGAUUUAAAAAAAACAAAAUUGUACUCGUCUAAACUAGAGUUGCAUGUAUCACGUGCAUUUAUUUUUGUUGCCAUCUCCAGUAGUUUGUUGUUGCUUCUUUUUUGACUGUGAAACUAGUUUCGCCACCUUAUGGACAAACUAAUUACUGCAGAAAAAAUUCAAGGUGUACGCAAAAACUGAGCAUGCAGAAUAUGAAAAAUGUAGGUGUCUGUUGUUGUAACAAUCUCCAGUAGUCUGUCGUCGUUGUCGUUGUCGUUUUUAUCUCAUCUGUUUCUUGACUGUGAAACAACAGGCUGGGCCAGUUUUUCCACCUUGUGGACAAACAAAUUAGUGCAAAGAAGUUCAAGGCUCAUGUGCAAGAUGAGCAUACAAAAUAUAUGUGCAGUUUGAAAAAUCUGGGCCUGUCCCAAUAUCCACACUUGUGGUUUUGGCCACUUGAGAUUGUGUGCAUGCAACAGGAAGUAACUGCACAAGACUUCCCCAUGUCUGAAAAAUACCAAAGUGCAGUACACUUAACGCACACCAAAUCAGUGUUGGAGCUGUCUUUGAGGCUAAGAGUAUACCAUAGUUCAUCACGUUAAGGAAUUUGCUUGCCCUGAUUUCGUGACAUGUCUAAGGAAAACUUUCCAGUGCAAGUUUAAUUAGAUGUUGCAUAUAAUUUGGAGAGAUGAGACUGCAGAGAUUAUAUGUAUUUUGUUAAACGUUUGCAAAAGACGAGAUGUUUUAGUGAUUGUGGUGCUUCAAUUACAUUGUGUUCCAUUGAGUGAACAAAAGUCUUAAGACACUUGCAGUCUUUACACCCACUUGAACACUUUGGCCAAACAUAUAUAAGUAGACAUGUGGUCAAGUACAGAAAAACCACAUUGGGACAGGCCCUCUGUUUGCAUGUGUAUAGUUAUACGUACUAUGCUGAUAAUGAAAUUAACAUAACGCACAUUGGUACGCAUACUCUAGCGUACGUGUAAGAACUGAAGUACACAAUGAGCCCAAACUAUACUUCAGUUUUAAACCCUUGGCAUAUGUGCACAACAGAUGUUCAUUCGAUGGUGUCAGGUGCUUGACCCUUACAUACUAGAAAGUUUCAUCCUUGUCCAAUGUCUGAGUUGUUUCUCUCCAGAAGUUAUGACCGAUUUAAAAAAAAAAAAAAAAAAAAAAAAAAAAGUGUUGUCGUUUAAACUACAAUUGCAUGUAUCUCUUAAUCGCCUUUUGUCAACGUGUGUGUUUGUUGCAGUCUCCAAUAGCUGUUUUUCGUCUCAUAUGUUUCUUUUUCAACUUUGAAACAAACCGCUCUGUCACCUUGUAGACUAAUUAGUGCAAAGGCGAAUGCACAAACUGAGCAUACAGAAAAUGAAAAAUCUUGCUGCACGAGUACCAUACUAAUGAAGAAAUUUACGUCUGCGUCUGAAAUUUUUUCCAAGUGUCUGUGUGAAAAAUGAAGUAUACUUUGAGCUUAAGGGACGGUUCACACAGAAUGUUUUUGUUACACUGAACUGCUUUUGAAUUGUUUUUCUAUUUGAACAUGCAUCUUACUGCUUUUCAGCAUCUCGUACAUGACACUUUGUCUUGAACUUUUAACCACAUUUUAUAGGGAUUGUUGACCCAAAAAUGAAAACUGUCAUUUACUCACCCUCAAGUUGUUCCAAACCUGUAUGAAUUUCUUUCUUCUACUGAACACAAAUAUAUUUUGAAGAAUGUUUGGUUACCGACAGUUGAUGGGGUCCUGUUGACUUCAAAAUAUCAUCUUUUGUGUUCAGCAGAACAAAGAAAUUCAUACAGGUUUGGAACAAGUUGAGGGUGAGUAAUACCAUGAUAACACGGCUCAAAACCUUGGCUGCUUUUCCAUUCGCCUGCGCCGCACCUUUGCAGUUGGAUACCAUUGUGUGGCAUCUCGCUUUUUUAAAAGCAGAAAUGUGUUCUGUGUGUACAGCCCCUAAUCUCUGGGCAACUCUGGCCCACUAGGUCCACCAUCCUGGAGAGUUCAGCUCCAACUCUGAUCAAACUCGCAUGUCUGUAGCUUUCUUGUAAUCCUGAAGACCUUGAUUAGCUGGUUCAGUUGUGUUUGAUUAAGGUUGGAGCAAAAAUCUGCAGGAAAGUGAGUCUCGUUGGCCCAUCCCCGCCCUAAACCCAUACCUAAGUCCAAGUUACCUUAGCUGCGUCUCAAUUCAGAGGCUGCAUCCUUCGAAGGACACGGACUUCAAAGGCCACGCCUUUGGAACGACAAAGCCUUCGUUGCGUCGCGGUGACUCAUUCGGCCUUCGAAGAAUGCAACCUCUGAAUUGGGACGCAGCACUUGCUACUCGCAGUAUACUUAGUACUUUUUUGUGUAAGUGCAUGUACUAUAAAAUAAAGUGCAACCAAUAUCACGGUUUCAAUUAUAUUGUUGUAGAAUUAUGAGCUCAGUCAUUAUGCUGCUUGUAUGUCAUAGUAUACAGAAUAAGAGCGGCAUUUAGCUAAAUGCCUUUUACAUGGGCACAAAAUCACCUUUUAACAUGGAAUAUAGACCAAGUGUGUCAUGAUCACAAGCUACCUGGCCUCACAGAUUCACAAGUCUUUUUUGUCUGUAGUGAUGUAUCGCUGUCUCUGGCAACUUGCUCCAGUGUCUUUUUCAAGGCUGUAUAACUCCGAUUUUUAUCCAGCUUGUAUUCACUUGAAAAUUCUAUAUUUUGCAAUACAGAGAGUUGUAUUUUCUGAAAUUAAACGGCUGUCUAAUAAAUUAAUCUUAAUUUUGAA